CAUUCACCAUUUUUCAACGUUCAGGUAACUUUCAAAGUUAGUUUAAUGUUUCAAGAAAUACCCGCUUGCCAGUAUCUACCUCAACACGACUGUUAGCUAGCCGGAAUUGCCCCAACAACUUGAACCAGACCGCAUUGUUUACAUACGUUGCAUUUUUGGUGGCUUGUCCGUCUGAGAAUACAAAUUACGAAAUGUGCUCUUAAUCGUUUCUUCUGCUGAAUGCUAGCUACAAAUCGACAGAACCUAUUGCAGUCUCGAGAACAGCCCUGCAAUAUAAUGGCAUUUCAUGGGUCUAUCCGGCCGACUGUAUGUGGUAACUUGUUCCCUAGCUCAGAGGUAGGCCACAAGUAUUUCUGUGUUAACACCACCACCACCGGUUCUACCUCUACCGGCCUCAGCGCCACUCCAAAUCCCAGCGCCCCAAACGCACCAACUGGGACACCCCGACACCCAACAUCUCUUGGAGGUAGCACAGGCGGAGGAGCAGCCGUUCCACAACCUCAUAGCAGCCCCGCCAGUGAAGUGCCAAGUCCGGCCGAGAUGGAACCCGACAGACCUAUUGGCUACGGAGCAUUUGGGGUCGUUUGGUCCGUGACAGAUCCUCGUGACGGACGGAAGGUCGCUCUGAAGAAGAUGCCUAACGUCUUCCAGAACUUGGUCUCUUGCAAGCGGGUUUUCAGAGAACUCCGCAUGCUGUGUUUCUUCAAACAUGAUAACGUGUUGUCGGCUUUAGACAUCCUACAGCCUCCACAGAUUGACUGCUUUGAAGAAAUCUAUGUGAUCACAGAGCUGAUGCAGAGCGAUCUACAUAAAGUCAUCGUUUCUCCUCAGCCCCUCACAACUGAUCACAUCAAGGUGUUCCUCUACCAGAUACUCAGGGGUCUGAAGUACCUGCACUCUGCUGGAAUCCUGCACAGAGACAUCAAACCUGGAAACCUCCUGGUAAACAGCAACUGUCUGCUGAAGAUCUGUGAUUUUGGGCUGGCCCGAGUAGAGGAGCCGGACCCGUCGCGUCACAUGACCCAGGAGGUGGUGACUCAGUACUACAGGGCUCCGGAGGUACUGAUGGGAAGCCGACAUUACGACUCUGCCAUCGAUAUCUGGUCCGUGGGCUGCAUCUUUGCCGAGCUGCUGGGCCGAAGGAUCCUCUUCCAGGCCCAGAGUCCCAUUCAGCAGUUGGAUCUGAUCACUGAUCUUUUGGGCACUCCUCCUCUCUCUGCUAUGGCGUCGGCAUGUGAGGGGGCGCGGGCUCACAUUUUGAGAGGACCCCACAAACCGCCUUCACUCUCUGUUCUCUACAUGUUGUCGGAUGGAGCUACCCACGAGGCCGUUCACCUGCUAUGCCGAAUGCUGGUCUUUGAUCCUGCCAAGAGAAUCUCGGGCAGCGACGCCCUGUCUCACCCGUACCUGGACGAGGGUCGUCUGCGGUAUCACACCUGUAUGUGCCAAUGCUGUUACUCAGUGCCCAGCGGGCGUGUGUACACCCGCGACUUCGAGCCGCCGGCAGACAGGCCCUUCAGUCACAGUUAUGAGGACAGCAUGCUCUCCGUGUGGCAGGGCAAAGAACUGAUCCAUCGUUUCAUCACGGAGCAUCAGCAGGGCAAACGCGUUCCUCUCUGUAUCAACCCUCAGAGUGCUGCCUUCAAAACCUUCAUCAGGUCUACUGCCUGGCAUUCCUCAAAAGUCUCCCGAAAAGAGGAAAGAUGAAGAGCAUAGUUGAAAACAGAGGGAAUCAUGGGAAAUGAAGUUCAUUAGAGGAGAAGGUGUGGCCUGGAGGUGAUUGACUCAGUCGAUUUGGGUUCUUACUGGAGUGACAGGGGUCUGAAUUACAAGGCCCACUGGCCUCAUGACACACAGCGUUAGAUUUUACAGACCCUCCC